AUGAAUGGACCGAGCAAAGGCUCAAAGAGAAUGACUGCAACAGCACCGUGGUUUCGAGUUCUGGAUGUCAGCGCACAAACUUUUCUGGGAUUUGACCCUGGUCGCACCAAGAGAGCCGGCGGGUAG